GAUGUAGUAAAUCUCUACAAAUUUAUAUUAAUUAAACCCAGAUGCAGUUAUUGAAACAAACUCAGAAAAGGUUUUAAAUAUUGUUCAAAAAAUUUCAAACCUUGGAUCAGUUGCACUUUCACCAAUACCAAUCAUUGGAGAUGCUUUUCAAAUUAUAAAUGCUGCCCUUGAUUAUGCUAUAGAUGAAAAGAAUGUGAAUAAAUUUAAUAAAAGAGUAAGAAUUCUAAGCUAAAUACUUAUAUUUUUUGCAGUAAAUCCAUAAAAAUUAGAAAUUGAAGUGCAAAUGGCAGCAAUAUCUUUAGGAAAAUAACAAUAGGUAAAUAUGAAAAAAAGGAAAGAAACAAUUUUUAAAAAUAGAGUUAACGAUUUAUUAGCAAAAGAAAGCAGUUCCUCAGAAUUAUUUAAGAAUAUUUACUGGAUUUGUGGCACAGAAGAUGCAUUAAUCAUUUUAAGCUAUUUAGAAAAAAACUAUGAAAAAAUAUUAAAGGAAUAACAGAAAAAGUUAAGGGAGAUAUUUGAAGAUGCUGUUAAAUCAUAUUAGUAUUUACCUUAAAAUAUAUCUGUGGAUAUCGGUUGUUCUUCAACAUGUUAAAUGAUUUGA